AUGACAAGGAUACUUCAACUUGCCCUCUCCACAUUUCUCAUAUCCUUCGUUUCCUCAAAAUUCACUCCAGAUUUUUCCCAAUGGUUGGCAGAUUACUAUGGACCAAUGGUCAGGAAUCAAAUCGAGCGAUUGGAUUUAGGACCAAAUGGAUCGUUCGGUGGAAAAAAGAACAGAAAUGAUUCCUUGACAAAUCAGCCGUUGAUUAUUGUUCAUGGAGUAUCGGAUACUGCUGGAGAGAAACCAACAUGGGCGGCUCAAUGGUUCAGAAAAGAAGGAAAAUAUAAAGAUAAUGAAAUUUACUCAACAACAUAUUUCAACGGAGCCCAGGGGAAUCCAUUGAAAUGGAUCGAGUACUCGAUGAAGUGUGAGUACGUCAAACAGGUACGUUCUCUGAUAGUGGCCGUCCGUCUUUACACUGGAAGAAACGUUGAUGUGAUCGGAUUCUCGUUGGGUGUUCCGGUGUCUAGAAAGGCGAUCCUUGGAGGCCGUUGUGUUGAUACCGGAGAGUAUUUGGGUGGUCCAUUAACCCGUGUCGUCGACACAUACGUCGGAGUUGCUGGCCCAAAUCGCGGAGCCUCUCCACAACUCGGUCCACUCUCUGUCCCUGCUUGUGCUCUUUCCAUCACUCCAAUCUGUAAUUCUGUAAAUGGACUCUACUCGGGUAAUUGUCCAGCUCAAAGCGAGUUCCUUCAGGACAUCAACAAAUACGCUCAUUAUGAGGGACAAUACACAUAUUCGAUCUACACACAGAAAGAUCAAAUGGUUGGAUAUACGGUUUGCGGGCAGCUAACCUCCCCAUUGCCUGGACAAACUGGUCAACGUGUCUACACUGACAAGAACCACGAUCAAGUGUUCGAUGAUACUCACGAUGUUCAGCUUCGAAUGAUCCGGGACCACGUCGUCAUCUAA